AUGGCAGAAGUAUACGACAAUUGGGAAAGGCUAGUCAGAGCCACUCUUCGCCGAGAGCAGCUUCGACAGAGUGCUUUUAGGACGCCAAGUGAUGUUUCUUCAGCAUCCUCAUCAGCACCCUCAUCAGCACCUUCCCCUAUUAAUUUUGCUUCCCCUUCUGCCCAAUUAGUGUCCUCUUUCAAAACCUCCUCCAGCUUACCAUUAGUUGGUAAAUCUUUCACUUAUCAUCAAAUCCUCCAGGCCACUGAUUACUUGAGUAGCUCAAAUUUCAUCAAGCACGGCCGGUCUGGGGAUCUCUUUCACGGUGUUUUAGAAGGUUGCCUUCAGGUGGUUGUCAAAAAAGUUGAUCUGUCAAUGUCAUCAUCUGGAGAAAAAGAAUCAUACUUGCUAGCUGAAUUGGAGUUUUUAGACAAGGUUUCUCAUGCUAGAUUUGUCCCUUUUCUGGGGCAUUGCUUUGAGAAGGCGAACGACAAGUUUCUGGUUUACAAGUGUAUGCCUAAUAAGGACUUGUCUAGUUCUUUGUGUUCUAGGAGCAUUGUCUCAGAUGGAACUAAUCCUGAUAGCCAAAAAUCAACAUCGUUAGAUUGGGUUACGAGGUUGAAGAUUGCAGUUGGAGUUGCAGAGGGUGCAACGAAUGCGAUGUGUGCCUAUGAUGUUUAUUGCUUUGGAAAGGUUUUGCUUGAACUAGUCACAGGUAACCCUGGUUUGGGCGAUGGCUAUGAUUCCAGGAUCAAGGAAUGGAUGGAAAACGUACUUCCUUACAUCACUACAUAUGAUAAAGAACUCUUAUUGAACAUUAUGGAUCCAUGUUUAGUUGUCGAUGAGCAUGUUUUGAUUGAAGUGUGGGCAGUGGCAGUAGUUGCAAAAGCCUGUCUCAGUCCCAAGCCUUUGGAGCGCCCUCAAAUGGCAUGUAUACUCAAGGCUUUGGAAGAUCCUAUGUCGGUAAGGUUAUCUACUUAUGAAACCCUUAGGAUCGAUGCUCAACUUGGCUUGGUAUGUUCGGCUCUGGUGAGCACAAGAAUGACCGAGGGAGUAUCUGUAUUAGGUACAUCACAGGCAAACGCAAAUAGAACAUCUUCAAACAACAACAUUGUGGUAUCUAACAGCCGAAGUUCAGCAGCUGGUGGAACUGAGGAGACUAAUCCACACGGAGUUAUCUGGGACCUGCCUAACUUAAGGAUUUACUCUCUCUCAGAGCUCAAGGCUGCAACCAACAAUUUCAGAAGUGAUAGAGUGCUCGGAGAAAGUGAAUUUGGAAGAGUAUACAAAGGUUGGCUUCAUGAGAAGUCCACAUCAAAGACUGGCAGUCAAUCUCUUGUUGCAGUUCAAAAGUUGAAAGCUGAAAGUCUGCAAGGAUUUGUAGAGUGGAAGACAGAGAUAUGCAUGCUUGGAACGCUUUCUCAUCCUAACCUUAUUAAGCUCCUCGGUUAUUGCUGGAAGGGUAAAGAUAUGCUCCUUGUCUAUGAGUAUAUGCAAAAGGGCAGCUUUGACAACCACUUAUUUGGAAGGGGUUCUUCUAUUCAACCACUUCAAUGGGAUGCAAGGCUUAAAAUAUUAAUUGGAGCGGCUCGUGCUCUGGCAUUCUUGCAUGCAGUAAAGAAACAAGUUAUCUACAGAGUCUUCAAGGCCUCAAACAUAUUACUUGAUGCUUCUUACAAUGCCAAACUAUCAAAUUUUGGCCUGGCAAAGAUUGGUCCCUUGAACGGUCAAUUAAAUGUAACAAUACAAGCAGGGCGAACACUUGGUUAUGCUGCUCCCGAGUACAUUCGAACAGGGCAGCUGUGUGUGAAGAGCGAUGUGUAUGGUUUUGGUGUUGUAUUGGCCGAAGUGUUAACAGGUUUAAGGGCUCUGGACACUUGUCGUCCGAAGGGGAAACACUACUUGUUUAACUGGAUCAAGUGUCAGUUAUUUGACAAAACGAAGAUAGAGGGCGUAAUGGAUUCUCGGUUAGAAGGCAAAUACCCAAUAAAAGCAGCCGUUGGCGUGGCUAAGCUUGCUCAGAAUUGUCUUGCUUUUGAUCCUAAAGCCAGACCAUCAAUGAAGCAAGUUGUGGAUGCACUAGAACACAUUAUUGCAUCUGUUAAUUAUUAG